CAGUGCUGCGGAUGAUGUCAGAGCUGAGGGUUCAGCUGGACUGAAUAACUGACUGACCGCUGGAUCUGAUCUGCCGGAUCACUCUCGGAGCCGCGUUUCCAGCGCGAGGAAGUGUUGAGUGUGGAAUAUUCUGGUCACUUCUCUGAAAUAUCAGCCACAGCUCUCGAGUCCAUCAGAAGAGGCACAUUUAGAGAAAACCAUACGUCUGAACAUGAGGAGCAUCAUAUGUUUCAUCGGUGUUUUCCUGUGUCUGAGAACCACAGCUUCAGAUUCCAGUGUGAUCUGUGAGCUGAAGGAUGUUCCCGGAAACAGCAAUGAUUGGAUCGUCCUGCAGGAAAUGUCUCUGGGAUGCUGGACGGACUUCACCAGCCAGGAUGGGAAAGAAGUCCACAUCCUCAAGCUGCUGUCCUCACCUGGAAAACAGAUAAUGUCAGAACUCUUCUUAACUGCGUCAAACCCAUCAGUGGUGAUCAUCUCCUCUAGCAGUGCACAAACCAUCCUGCUUCAUGACAAUCCCACAGUGAACAUCUACGUAACAAACGGGACUUCAAUCAUUUUUUUCCUGCCAGCUGGAGGACAUCCACAAACACACGUUGCCCCGUUCGCAGACAGCGAUUCUGAAGUUCUGGAAUGGGCAGCAGAGACGUUUGGUGGAGUGACGUCCUUCACCACAGCACGAGAUCCCAUGACCAUAACUUUCACCGGGAUGAAGGAUGCACAGCAACCAUCAACGUGUGACCUGCAGCCGGAAACACCUGCAGAUAAACAGUUCAUUGAUCUGAAACUGACACCUCCAUCUGAUGAGCUCAAAUCAUGUUACACAAAGCAUUCUGGGGAACCACUGCACGUGAUCAAUAUUCCUGAUGGCGUCAAAAUACGGAAUGUUUCUUUGCAUUUACCAUCCAAGUCUAAAGUGGUCCUGAGAGGUCCAGCAGGCACUGAAUGGACCAUCGGCGACACUAAGGAUAUCCAAUUGCUGGCGAACAAUCGUAUAAUCUUAAAUGGAUUAAGUUUGCCUCCGAGGAGGACGAUCUCUGAUGACCCUAGAGAAAUCAGGCAGAAGGUGUUGUUAUACUACAACAGCACCUCCAUCACCAGCUACUCUGAGAUCCGUCUGAACAUGUCACACAUCCAGCUGUGGAUCAGGGACAGCACGAGCUCCUCAGUAUCAGCAGAAGUGGAGCACACCACACCAGCACCCAGUUCUUCUUCGGUUCCUCUUCAGAUGCAGCUGUUCUCAUCUCCAGACUACAGGUUGCCUCUGGAUCCCAGCAGCAAAGUUCAGAGUGACAAGAGGGUCUAUGCGGAGAUCUCAAGUGAGAGCUACGGAGAGUUUUCCUUAAGCAUUAAGGUCAGCAGCUGUUGGGUUCGCUCCAUGCCAGUGGUGAGGAAAAUGCCGUUCAAAGAGGAGGCAUGCUACAUUGAGGACUGUCCUAAGAGACUCAGCUUCUCCUUCGAGAUGCUUCAGGACCUGCCGUCCAGCUCGUGGGACCUCGAAUGUGCAGUUAAACUUUGUUAUGACAGUAAAAAGUUUUGUACAAACGAAACACAAGUCAAGAGGAGCUUGCAGGUCAAGCCAUAUAUCUCAAACCAAAAUCCGUGUUUUGAGUUCGGACUCUCGGCUGUUCUGGGAAUCGCAUUCGGAGGAUUUCUGAUUGGAGUUCUCCUCACCGGUGCUUUAUGGUUCAUUAAGAUACGAACAGGGCAUGCUGUGGCUCUGGGAAUGAGAUCAACGGCGGCCGAGCUCUCAGUCCUCUCUAUAUCCGGAUGCCCAUGUGGUUUGACCAAACGGCAGCCAGUGCCCACCCACCCGUCUCCCUCCGAGAACAGCAGCGCCAACGCCAGCAUUGGCAGCACCCAGAGCACACCCACCAGCAGCAUGGCAUAACGCCGUCGCCCCUCCGCUCCUAACGCUCUCUCCCUCUUGAAGCCAUCUCGCUCCACGUGUCCCAUCGUCCCGAGCGAGAGAAAAAGAGGGGCAGUAGCAAUCCUGAAAUGUUCCCUGUACCUCAGAAUACUCCAUUCGCUUUCCCGGCUACGGGAAGUCAGUGGGGACGAAGA